AUGGAUAUCGAUGAAUUAUUAGAUGAGAUAGUUCUGGACAAUCAGUAUAAGCCUUCGAAUUCAAGAGAUAGAAGUAGAAGGUCAUUUGUGGAUCCACCGAAAUUAGAGACACAAAAAAUUUCAAAUGAUCCAUAUGAAUUUGAUAGUAUUUUAAAAUCAUCAGAUUCUCCACUCGAUAAACAAUAGACCUAUGCUUCUCGCUAAAGACCUUAAACUGCUAUCAUAGACGAAUCAAAAAAACAGAAGAUGGCUGAUCUAUUUUAAUUGCCAAAACCAAAUGUAGCCAAAGAUUAACUGCCAAUCCAACCAAUUGAUGAUUCGACCAACGCUACCAGUGAUUUUCAAUAGACUCAGAGCAGAAGAGGUAAGAUGAGAAUGCUUUCACAAAAUAAGGGGCAACCCUAAAAAAGUGGAAUGGACUUGAGUCAAGACCCUGUUUUUAAUUAUAAUCAAUAAUCUGAAAUUGAAAAAUAAUCAAUACAAUCAGAUUAUUCAAAUAAAUAAAAUAAGUAACCAGAUAUUGGAUUCAAUAUCAAUAACAAUCAAAUAAUCAAUACUAAUAAUAAUAAUAAUAUCAAUAAUGCAAAUUUAACAAAAUUAUAAGAUGAAAUAUAAUCAUUAAAAUAAGAUCGAGAUAAAUUGAACCAAGAGAUAUAGUAAAUUAAGAAUGAGAAAAAUAAACUAUAAGAUGAAUUAGACAUUGAAAAAAGGGAGAGAACCAGAUUGCUCUAAGAUAAAUUAGAUCUUGAGAAAUAAUUCAUAAAGGAGAAGGAUUACCUCAAAUCGGAAUUCGAAAGAGAAAAAUAAAGAAUUCUUGACACAGCCAAAUUAGAAAAUGAACUCAUCAAAUAGCAAUUAGGAGAAUAAAAGCAACUUGACAAUUUGGCAGAGAAAAUAAAUGUCAGUGCAAAAGAAUUGGAAUUAUUAAAGAAUUAAUUAUAUUAAAAGCAUGAAUAAUAGACAUAAGAGAAAAUUAAAUAAUUGGAUACCAAAAAACUAGAAAUUUAAGACAAGGAAUCUUAAUUAGAAAAAGAAAAGUCAUAUUUAGAAAAUGAAAAGAGAAGAUUGCAAAACCUAUAAGAUGAUCUCAGCAGAAGAGAAUAAUUAUUUUAAGCAUCUAUUGAUGGAGAGAAGAAGUCGUUAUAAAGUGAGAAACAGUUAUUAUAGGAUAUCAAAGAUUCAUUGAGAAAUUUGGAGUUGGAAACGAAGAAAAGAUUGGAACAAGAGAAUCUAUUAUUAUAAAGAUAAAAAAAUGAAUUUGAUGUAUAAAAACAUGAGUUGAAUUCUUAAGCUUAGAGUAAAUUAAGAUAAUUGGAGGCAGAUAGAUAGAUUUUUGAAUAGUAAAAAUUGGAAUAUUCUGAUUUUACUUAGAAGAAUAAUGAAAUUAUUUAAUAAAGGUAUGCAGAUAUUGAAAAGUAAUAGCAAAAGGUUGCUGCUAAAGAAAUGCAAUUGAUAAAUUAACAAAGAGAUUUGGAUAUGAAAAAUAAUUAAGUUAACAGUUUGCAUGCUGAAUAUUCAAGGAAAUUGAAUUUGGUUGAAAAUGAAAGAUAAUUAUUAUUGGAUAAAUUGAAAGAAAUUAAUGAGAAGGAGAAACUUUACUAAUAAGAAAUCUCAAAUGUUUAAGAGUUUAGACAAAUACAUCAAUAAGAAAAAGAGUAAAUUCAAAAGUAGAAGAUUGAAUUAACUUAACAAUUAACAAUGAAUUAAUAGGAUAAAAUUUAAAUUGAGUAAGAAAAGAGUCAAUUGAAUAUGAUGCAUAAAACAUUAUCUCAUUUAAGAUAAGAAAUUACUUAAAAUUCUCUAUAAGGUUUCUCUUAAACGACAGCACCACCAAUGCCAAUUCGACUAGGUUAGAAAACUAAAAUGGAAAAGCCUAGAUCUGCUUAAAAGAUCCCUUUUAAUACAACUUAAAAUUCCUCAAUGAAUCAAACAUCCUCAAAUUUUGAUGUUGGCAGCUACAUGAAAUAUCUAAAAAAUGUUGAUUAUUUACAUUGA